GUAUGGAUUUCUGUUACUGCUUCUUCAUAUCCUCAGGACUGUUAUUGCACUGGAGGAAAAGAUUAUAGUCAGUAAACUCGGAGACAACGCUACGCUGACUUGCAUUUAUCAAGGAAGAAAACCGCCCUUAAAAGAUUUACGGGUAUAUUGGCAAAUAGUAGAUGAUCAAGAAGAGUGUUCAGUUGUACAUGCGCUGAUCUCUGGUCAAGACAACGAAAGUGAACAGUGUAUUCACUUUAAAAACAGGACUCAGUUAUUCUGGGAUAGAUUGGGAAAUGGUGACUUUUCUCUGCUACUGCUGAAUGUCAGCCAGAGUGAUGAACGUACAUACAAAUGCGUAGUAAUGGAGAAAACCGAAUAUACCAGGAUGAUUCACCAAGCACAAGUGGUUCUCAGUUUAGCAGCUAGUUACAGCCAACCGAUACUCAGUGGACCCAUAAGAAACAGUGACAGCACUGGAGAGGAGGUGACUUUCAGCUGCAAGUCUGGCAACGGAUACCCAGAGCCCAACGUUUAUUGGAUAAAUAAAACAGAUAACAGCCACCUGCAUCCAUCAGAGAUAAAGAUCACCUCCCAUGCUGAUGGCACUUACAGCGUUUUUAGCACGCUGAAGGUUAAAGCCACUUCUAACAUGCAAAUAGAGUGCUCCAUAGAAAAUAAAAUACUGCAGGAAAAUAUGUCAGCCAACUACACACAGCAGAAGCAAAGCAAUGGUUCUAGCACAGAAAGUCAGAAAAACCUGGGAAAAAAGGGACAAGGUGCUCAAGCAGCUGGCAUCAUAUCCAUUGUCAUUCUGCUAGGUCUUCUAGCUGUUUUAACCUGCUGGCUGUGGAGACGGAGAUCCUCUAAACUAGUGUCCUACACAGGGCCAAUGCCAGCCGGCUCCAAGUCGGACGUGCCGCUGGCCAAGGCCAAGCCCAUCAGCAAAGGUGGUAGCAUCUCUGGG